UCCCCAGAUCCGCCCGCCCGCCCGGCCGCUCCGCUGCUCCAGCCGCGCGUCCCGAGCCCGUCGGUCGCUCUUCCUGCCGCCCGAGCCCCGCGCGCCUCCUUUGUGAGCCGCUCCCGGCCAGCGGGUCCCAGCUGCAGGCGGUUCCCGAGCCUCGGCCGCCGCCGCCACCGGUCGCGCCCGGGGGGAUGGUCUCCGGGCCGGGUUUUCGGAGACAGGAAGUGUGGCCCACGAGCCCCAUGAGCGCGCCGCGCUGCGGGCGCGGCUGCGGCGGCCGCGCGGCGGGGCCCCGGGAGGCGGGCCGCUGAGCAGGGCGCGCGGCCCCGAGGAUGCGGGCGCCGGAGCAGCACUGGUGUGGAUGCUCCCUUCACCUGGCCUUUGGAGACUCAGUUGCGUUUUAAUGGCGGCGGCAGCGGCUGGGUGAGCAGCCCGAGACUGUGCAGUACCCUUCGGGCCAGGAGGGGGUCGCCCUUCUCCUCCUCCGGCACCACCUCUGCAUUGGUAGCCGUGCUCUUUCCCUUGUUACCCGUCCACUCCUGAAGAGAGAAAAAGAUGCCACUGCCAUUUGGAUUAAAACUCAAACGUACCCGGCGCUACACGGUGUCCAGCAAGAGCUGCCUGGUUGCCCGGAUCCAGCUGCUCAAUAACGAGUUUGUGGAGUUCACACUGUCAGUGGAGAGCACUGGUCAGGAGAGCCUGGAGGCUGUGGCCCAGAGGCUGGAGCUGCGGGAGAUCACUUACUUCAGCCUCUGGUACUACAACAAGCAAAAUCAGCGCCGCUGGGUAGAUUUAGAAAAACCUCUCAAGAAGCAGCUGGAUAAAUACGCCUUGGAACCUACGGUCUAUUUUGGAGUGGUGUUUUAUGUGCCUUCAGUGUCACAGCUGCAGCAGGAGAUUACCAGGUAUCAGUAUUAUCUGCAGCUGAAGAAAGAUAUCUUGGAAGGAAACAUUCCUUGUACAUUAGAGCAAGCAAUUCAGUUAGCAGGCUUAGCUGUUCAAGCUGAUUUUGGUGACUUUGAUCAGUAUGAAUCCCAGGACUUUCUUCAGAAAUUCGCCUUAUUUCCCGUGGGGUGGUUACAAGAUGAAAAAGUACUGGAAGAAGCAACCCAAAAAGUGGCCUUACUGCAUCAGAAAUACAGAGGGCUGCCAGCUCCUGAUGCGGAAAUGCUGUACAUGCAGGAGGUGGAGAGGAUGGAAGGUUACGGGGAGGAGAUCUACCCUGCGAAGGAUAGCCAAGGCAGUGACAUAGCCGUGGGAGCGUGUCUUGAAGGCAUCUUCGUGAAACACAAGAAUGGAAGGCCGCCUGUGAUGUUUCGGUGGCAUGACAUCGCUAACAUGUCCCACAACAAGUCCUUCUUUGCCUUGGAGCUGGCGAGCAAAGAGGAGACCGUCCAGUUUCAGACUGAAGACAUGGAAACGGCGAAGUACGUGUGGAGACUGUGUGUCGCGAGGCACCGGUUUUACAGACUGAACCAGUGCAGCCUGCAAACUCAGACCGUCACAGUGAACCUGAUUAGGAGGAGGUCUUCUUCAAGGAUGUCUCUGCCUAAACCUCAGCCCUACGCGAUGCCUCCGCCGCCCCAGCUGCAUUAUAACGGGCAUUACACGGAGCCGUACACGUCUUCUCAAGAUAACCUCUUCGUGACCAACCAGAACGGUUACUAUUGCCACUCUCAGACAAGCCUGGACCGAGCCCAGAUGGACCUCAACGGCCGCAUCCGGAACGGCAGCGUCUACAGUGCACACAGCACCAACUCCCUGAACAGCCCGCAGCCCUACCUGCAGCCCUCGCCCAUGUCCUCGAACCCCAGCAUCACGGGCAGCGACGUCGUGAGACCCGACUACGUCCCGUCACAUCGGCACAGCGCGCUGAUCCCCCCCUCCUACCGCCCGACCCCGGACUACGAGACGGUGAUGAAGCAGCUCAACAGGGGCCUGGUGCACGCGGAGAGGCAGAGCCACUCGCUGAGAAACCUCAGCAUCGGCAGCUCCUACGCCUACAGCAGGCCCGACGCUCUGGUCUACAGCCAGCCCGAGAUCCGGGAGCACGCCCACUUUGCCUCGCCCCAGUCGGCCCACUGCCCCUUCAGUCUGAAUUACAGUUUCCACAGCCAGUCCCCCUACCCCUACCCCACGGAGAGGCGGCCGGUGGUGGGCGCCGUCAGCGUGCCCGAGCUGACCAACGUGCAGCUCCAGGCCCAGGAGUACCCGGCGCCGAACAUCAUGAAGACCCAGGUGUACCGCCCGCCCCCGCCCUACCCGUACCCGAGGCCCGCCAACAGCACGCCGGACCUGUCCCGCCACCUCUACAUCAGCAGCAGCAACCCGGAUCUCAUCACCAGGCGCGUGCACCACUCGGUCCAGACGUUCCAGGAGGACAGCCUGCCGGUGGCUCACUCCCUGCAGGAGGUCAGCGAGCCGCUCACUGCGGCCCGGCACGCUCACUUGCAGAAGAGGAACAGCAUCGAGAUCGCGGGGCUGACUCACGGCUUCGAGGGCAUGAGGCUCAAGGAGAGGACCAUGUCGGCCUCAGCCGCGGACGUGGCCCCGCGGGCCAGCUCCGCAGGCUCCCAGCCAAACGUUUUCACCGACAGAACGAAGCAGCGAGGAGAGGCGGCCGAGCAGGAAGGCCUGAGAUAUGGCCACAACAAGUCUCUUUCGGAGGCCACCAUGCUGAUACACAGCAGCGAGGAGGAGGAGGAGGAGGAGGAGGAGGAAGACUUCGAGGAACACAGAGUGCAGGCUGUGCUCCCCCAGCGGGCGCGGGAGCCCCGGGGCAGCUACUCCCAGGAGCCGCAGGCGGGCUACUCCUGCGCCUCGGUCACUCCGGGCGUGGGUCCUCUGCACAUUCUUGAGCCCAAGGCCCAGGUCACAGAGGCCGAGAGGAGGGCGAGGGAGGGCAGCCCCGUGCACGGGCUGGCGGAGGCCCAGCGGCCCCGGAGAGACGGGCUGCUCACCCCCUCCAUGUCCGAGUCUGACCUCACCACGUCGGGGCGGUACCGGGCCAGGAGGGAUUCUCUGAAGAAGAGACCGGUGUCCGACCUCCUCUCAGGAAAGAAGACCAUUGUGGAAGGACUGCCGCCCUUGGGGGGAAUGAAGAAGAGCCGAGUAGAUGCAAAAAAAGUGGGUCCUCUCAAACUGGCUGCCCUGAACGGCCUCUCCCUGUCUCGCCUGCCUCUGCCUGACGAAGGGAAGGAAGCAUGUGCCAGAGCCACCAAUGACGAGAGGUGUAAAAUUCUGGAACAACGGUUAGAACAGGGGAUGGUGUUCACCGAGUACGAGAGAAUCCUUAAAAAACGGCUGGUGAACGGCGAGUGCUCCACGGCACGACUCCCCGAAAACGCAGAAAGAAACCGAUUCCAAGAUGUGCUUCCCUACGACGACGCCAGAGUGGAGCUGGUCCCGACCAAAGAAAACAACACCGGUUACAUCAACGCCUCGCAUAUUAAGGUCUCGGUCAGCGGGGUUGAGUGGGACUACAUCGCCACCCAGGGGCCCUUGCAGAACACCUGUCAGGACUUCUGGCAGAUGGUGUGGGAACAGGGAAUUGCCAUCAUUGCCAUGGUGACGGCGGAAGAGGAGGGAGGACGGGAGAAGAGCUUCAGGUACUGGCCGCGGCUGGGCUCCAGGCACAACACCGUCACCUACGGGAGGUUCAAGAUCACCACCCGCUUCCGCACCGACUCCGGCUGCUACGCCACCACGGGCCUGAAGAUGAAGCACCUGCUCACGGGCCAGGAGAGGACGGUCUGGCACCUCCAGUACACGGACUGGCCGGAGCACGGCUGCCCGGGCGACCUCAAGGGGUUUUUAUCGUACCUGGAAGAGAUCCAGUCCGUCCGCCGCCACACGAACAGCACGAGCGAACCCAAGAGCCCCAACCCCCCACUGCUGGUGCACUGCAGUGCGGGCGUGGGCCGGACCGGCGUGGUCAUCCUGUCGGAGAUCAUGAUCGCCUGUCUGGAGCACAACGAGGUGCUAGACAUCCCACGGGUGCUGGACAUGCUGCGGCAGCAGAGGAUGAUGCUGGUGCAGACCCUGGUCCAGUACACGUUCGUGUACAGAGUUCUCAUCCAGUUUCUGAAAAGCUCCAGGCUCAUAUGAGCUCCCGCGGCUUCCGGAGGGGACCCCACCAUGUGAAGCGUUUACAGUAGGAAAAGGGCGCAGUGCCCCACUCACACUCCCCGCUCGACGCGCCCACGCAGAGCGCUGGCUGCGUGGGGAACAGGCGCAGUGUGAAUGCAGUGCGCCGAGGAUGGUGCGGAGCGCGGGCCGCAGGCCGCUCCACCUGGGGCUCCACCCGGGAAGACACAGAGGCAGGCGGCGGCGUGGCGUCGAGGGCCCGGCCUGCCCCGGUCUGUCCGGCGUGCGGCGCUUGCACGGCUCUCGGAGGCUGUGUUUUCCGGACAAUUCUGUGUUUUACUGAAGCUGUGCAACUCUGGCAAUCAUUAACACACAUAGAUUUCUCUCUUAAAGGUUUUGCUAAUGGAAUUUUUAUUUUAUGGCUAAACUAUGUGGGGUUUUCUUGUUGAGAAACUGAACUUUCCGUGAGCACAAUCCACCAACACGAGUGGUUCCUUUGUAACUUUGUAUUUAAAACCAUGUUAUUAUCUUUUGAUAUUUUUUAAAAAACCUUGGGUACCUAACAAUUUAGUUAUCAAAUCCAAACUACAAGAAGAAUCUAAAAGUGUUAUUUUGAGACAUUUAGAAAGCAUUUUUAUAUUCAGAAAAUUUUUUAUCCUAAAAAUUCUAUAUAUUUGUACCUUCUGUAUUUUCCGAACAAGAGUUCAACUCACUAAGGUACGGAUGGGAGUCAGUGAAGGGCAAGCUGGGAAUGAAGGCACAUUAUUUAAAAAUGGGAGAGAAUCAUCGGAUUCACUUUUUUUCAGUAUUAUUCAUGAACCUCGAUGAGUUUGAUUUUAUUGGUUGAAAACGAGAGGAAAAACAAUUGCAUAGGAUGGGUUUAAGCACUUUGUUAAAAAAACCAGUGAGUCGGAGUUUUAACGGACGUGUUGCUUCGCAGAUGGAACGGUAACAGUAGCAGAAGGGAGGGCUUUGGACGAGGUCAGGAGUCAGAGCACGUGGGAGGGCCAGACAGAAGUUCGCGCAGUGGACGUGCAGGGCGGUUGGUGCCGGGUGCCUUUGUUUUCACAGAGUUCAGUGUUCUCUGUGCUCAGACGAUGGAGGUGCUGGGAUGGGGCGUGGGGGGCUGGGGGUUUGGGGCUCCCCGCCCCCCAGAGGUAGGUCUCCCCAGGAAGUUCAAGGCCUGUCACUGCUGGUGACCCAUUGUUUCUUUGGAGUUCUUCCACCUCAACCUCUAAUUUUUAACAAAUAAAAUCAAGUUUAUAUUAUCAUCGAAAGGAGCCUUGAGGAGACUUUAUUAUUUUUGCUGUUGUUGAAAGAAGAGAAGAAUCUCGCCCCUUCUCCCAAAACCACAGCCCAGACUUGUGGGGCUCCCAGAGGUUGCUGUGGUGCUAGCUCCCUAACCCCCAACUUCUCCCCAGGUCACUUUUAGCAUCCCAGCCUCCCCUCCCCCGCACAGUGGGCAGAACAAGGCUGAAGGGGGAGAGUGUCGCCUCCGGCCCAGCUGGAGAUGGCCUUGUCACAGUGGGAGUCGAGCCGGUAGGGGCUGGCCCAAAGGUCAGCGGGUCAGCGGAGGGGCCAUCCCGUUCUUCCUUCUUUUGAGGCUGCUUCUCCAAAACACGGAGCAGAAUGUCAGAUCCAGGGCUCUUCCUCCAAUUACGCUAUCCUAGGGGUGUCUCCAGUUCCCGUGUUGACUCCUAACGCGGUGCCGCUUGCUGCCGUGACCACUCAGUCUGUGGUGGCGGUUGUGUGAGACGGGCUUCCUUCACACUGUGGGUCUGCCUCGCCCCGAGCACCCCGCAGCCAGCCACUGCAGUGGGGGACGCAGGAAGUGUUAGCGAGGAGGAAUAUGGCACGUGAGCACAUCCGUCAUUAGGAACACAAUAUCAGUUUUAAAUCUGAAACCGUCUUUAAUAAGAGUGCUGUGCAAAGAGCAGUAGACCUCAGUGUAGGUACUGAGGAUGAGCUCCUCAGGAGAAGGGGGUGAACGUUCUGCUGUGGCAGUAGUUCCCAUCUCCGCACCACGUGAAGGACCGGGGUGCUUCUGGUGAUCUGUUUUCCUUCCGUGGUGGGUAUUUUAAGAAGGCUUUUCUGUCGGGCCGAAGCACUCGGAAGCGCCCGGCCGACAAGAACCCGUUGUGGGACAGAGCCUGCAGCACCAGGUGGCGCGUUGGUGUCCCGCUGUUACAGGUGGGUGACGGGAGAUGCUGGGGGCUGGCUGUGCUGACGUUGCUUUUCCAGUGUUGCCGGUCUGACCACGCUGCUCAGACCUUGUCCUUUUCUCGUCCCUUUUAAGUUUUUAAACUUUCAGUUGCCAUUAGUGACUGCGAAAGUGUUUCUGAAUAAAAGCAAAUCUAUGUUAUAUAGACUUUGAAAUAAUGUGAUUUUUCAAGAGGGAACUCUAAAACGUUGAGGUUUCACAGUUUUACCCUGUCCGAAUUGAGAGGGUUCCUCUUUGCCAAACUCAUGCUUCGGCACCUUAGUGUCUUUUGGUCCCUUGAUAUUAUUCAUUCAUUUCAAAUCCAAAUUACCAAAAUGUACAUUUUGACCAAAAGUAGGUUAUAAACCAGUGCUUUUCAGCGACAAAUUUUGGCGUCUCUGGCGUUUGUUCUCCUGGUGAGUGGGGGUCUUCUGAUGAAGGGUCCGGUCGGCGCUCGUGAGCACGGAAUGCUCAGUUUAGCAUCUCAUCCGGGAUGUUGCCUGCAACCGCCGUCGUCAUUCUUUCCCGGAACAUCGACUGUGAAGCAUCGAGAAAGCCCUAGAGUUUAGCCUUUGAAACCUUUUGGCAGGAUUAAAACAGAAGCUGUACCCGUGCUUCCUUAGAAUCUUCCAGAAAGAGCAAGGUCCAGGCAGAAACACAGAGGAGGGUGUUGCGUUGCUGGCGCUGCCAGCUUUUCUGGGAAGCUUUUGUUGUCAGAAAAAAACAGUAAAUUUCAAAUGGGUUGGUAUGGUAAUGUUCGCAACCUUAAGAAAAUUUAAAUGUAUAUGUUAUAUAUAUUAUAAAGCUUUAUAUGUAUUAAACUAUAAAACUGGAGGUCAGCUGCAGCUUAUUAAGUUCAGGUUUAAUUGGGAUUUUGUAUGGACACGUGGAAACAAGAAUUAUUGUUUACUAUGGGUCGUUUUUAAAGUCAGACUAAAACGUCUUUUUGUAAAGGAACUCUUUAUAAAUUUAAGGAAUUUGCUUCUCCUCAAGAUUUUAUGUGGAACAAGCUAAAACUGUCUGUUUCCAGUUUAAAGUUUGAUUUUAAAAUAUCCAAAUUGGAGGGGGCUCUUUUUUUGAGCUGAGGAAUAGAUGUUUCAAAAUAGCGAAAUUGUUAACAUUAGGGAUUUGCCUGGGAAAACGUCUCUCAAAAGAACGUCAGUUUUUCAGAUUCUUAUAGAUAAGAGUUCUAUUUACCCCUGUGUGUACAAUUAGAGAAAAAUGAGGAAAAAUCAGGAAGCCCAGUUGCUUGCAGUUUGUGUGUGUGUGUUGGGGGAGGGCGGAUAGAGAGAGAACCUGAGAGAGCACAUGAAGGGGUCCUUGGGUUGCUCACGUGGCAUUGUUUUCUGUACAAUACUACAGGCAGUUCUGAAAUAAAAAUUAUGCUCUCAAA